CCUACUUUAUGAUUGUUAAACAACCCCAUGUUUAUCCCGAUGUCCACAUUAUUCGCUUCCAUCACUGCCACUUUUAUUUGGCGGAUGUUAAUGAAAAUUAACAAACAUGGCUAGGUUAUGGGAAUUGGUACAAUCUGAGAUGUUCUUUCCUGGGCAAAUAUAAAUGUAUAAAUUGAAUAAAGUGUAUAAGCUGGUUAAUGCUAAUGAAGGUGAAAUGCUUGUUACAGCAGGCAAAAAUAUAUUUUGAUAAGAUUGACUAGCAGUAGAAAGAGUUAGGACAGUGUUUUUGUUGAAGUUAGAUCAUUAGAUUUUUGAGAAUUUAGGAUGGUUAUGAAUGUAUGUAUUAUUUAUAAAUAACUUGGACUUGGCAUGAGAUUAUGAACUGUGACUAUGCUGUACCUAUCUGAAGUUAAUGUCACUGAAGAGAAGAUUUAAAGGGAGACGUUGCUGAUCUUUCAAGAAAUUGUACAUAAUUGAAUGGUUUCAGUAUUAAAUCACGUACACUGAUUAUGAUCUGAAAUGAUCUGUACUAGAUACAUUUGGCAAGUCAGUUCAGAGUAGUGGUGAUGGCAGUUUAAUCAUUCAGAAAACUCCCCCACCGAAAAUACUUACGUGAAAUGGUUAAAUAUGUGCUCCCUGCUGUCAGAAAUGUAUGUUGUAAUGUUUUACAUUAAUAUGCAUUUUAAUUCGUUUGUGAUGGAGGGGCACAUGCAGGGUGUUGAGGCAAAAUAGUAACUGAAAUAUUCCAUACAAAACUCACAACACGUGUAGGUUCCCUGGUUUACGAUACUAAGUAAAGUGGCUACUUGUGUUAUCACUUGUAAAGACGUUUGUCUAAUGAGUAAUUUCACACCAAUCCAUUCUGACUGUCUUUAUAUCUCAAGCACCCAAUUAUUCAGAAGUGUAUAAAAAUUGGUGGAAUUGUCCUUAAAAAAAAAUCCUGUGCUAUGACCACUGGUUCACAACCGUGGUCCUGUAGUCCACUGUCCUGUAGAUAUUGAUUUACAUGAAAACAUUUUUGUUCAGUUUCCAUAGUGGUUUUGCUGGAAAUGAUAUUUUAGGUGGCAGCAAAGAGUCUUACGAUGAAAGGUUUAAAUGGAGUUGACAGCAUAAUGACGGCAAAGCUGCCCUUGUAACAGCCAGCUUGUUAUACACGUUUGAACUAACUAAUGUCUUUCUCUGUGUAUUAUGUGGCUGCUGGAUUUGGUGACAACUGAUGGAAACCUUUUGUUGGCAGAUUCAGCAGUAAGAAGUACAGACGUUGUUGAAGAUGCCCCGCACGAAGGCGUCCAGGCGGUCAGCUGUAGCGAGGAAGAGGAUGGCGGACCAGCGCGGUGGAGCUGUCCCGGCUGUGGCUCUGUCUGACGAGGUUGUGCCUUUACCCUCACCCAAAAAGGUCCGGACUGAGACUGGUCCUGUGAGCUGCAGCCCACCUCUUCGCCAGGCCAGCGCUCCGAGCGCUGCAUCUCUGACUGACGGGGUUAUGCCUCAUCCCCACGACGAAAAGGCUCUGUCUGACGGGUCUAUGCCUUUUGCCCACAACACAAAGGUCGGAAAUGACUUGCCUUUUCCCCAUGUUGAAAAGGUCCCUGAGAAGAUUGUACCAUGUGGUACCGAUAAGACGUGCAAUAAGCCUUGUGAUGAACUUGAUCAUUCCUCUGUCAAUGCCUUCGGGUCCAAUACACUCUGCCAUUCCUCUGCCAAUGCCUUCGGGUCCAAUACGCUCUGCCAUUCCUUUGCCAAUGCCUUCGGGUCCAAUACGCUCUGCCAUUCCUCUGCCAGUACCUCUGUCAAUGCCUUCGGGUCCAUAUCUGAUCAAUCAUUCGAGUCGAACUCUGACGCUGUUUGUGGUGAAAACCCUGUGACUAUCUGUUUUGAUCGUCCUCAGGCACAGACUGUGAGAGGCUCCUUCCAUCAGCGACACCCAAGGUUUGGCGUCAAUAGUAAUAAGCAGUGUGUUGCUAAUAGUGUUACGGCUAUAAUGAUAUCCAGAGUGAAAAACAUGUUAAGCUGGACUACAAGAGACCUUGACAACAUCCUGCUGAAGGGGGACGACCUGUACAGUAGCAUUAGAGAUGCAGGCAGGAUUCAUGAUGCGUCAGGCUACCUGUUUGUUACAGACUUGCCCACAGAGCACGUGUUACAUGGACGCAGGUUUGAGUUGAGCUACAGUGACGAAAUGUUCGUUGGACUGUUUGGUGUCAGUGAAUAUGGUGAAAUGCAGAAUGUGUACAUGUCGCAUGAUGAGGCAAUAAAAACCGUUCUGACGCACUUUGAUGCUUGUUUAUUCACUGUUAAACUGAAUACCUGUGCUAUCGUCAAACAGGGCUCUUGGUAUGCUGUUAUUGACUCUCAUGCACGAAAUGUCCAUGGUGAGGAGGAUAAAGACUCAGGUAAAAGCUUAGUAGCUUAUCAUGCAAACAUUGGGUCUCUUCUGAACCACGUCACGAUUCUGGGUCUGUCAUUACAAGCAGAAAGUGAGCCGUUUGAAGUCACUGGUGUUCUCGUUACUCCUGCUGGCGCCAGUACGGUGUCCGAUGUGCGUGAUGAUAACUGUCUGUCUGUCUGUGAACUCCCAGAUGUUACGAAGCGUCUCCAAGGCGUCACAUAUGAAAGAACAAUGCAGGAAGCUGAUUAUGGUAGUGCACAGUCCUUCAGCAGCCGCUCUUUGUACAGUGAUGCAGUAAAACGUACACGUACAGACGGCAAUACUGAACGUACAUCAGCGGUAAACAGCCUCGUCAACAGUGAAGGUGACGUAGUGUUGAUUAGUGAAACAAACUGA